GUCAUUCCUAACAGUCAGUAUCGGCGAUGCAGACGUGGGAGGCCUUCGGCGCUGGCUUGGCUGUGGUGGCCUCGAUCGUGUCCAAUCUGGGCGUGAACAUCCAGAAGUAUUCACACUCGAACGAGGCCGCCCGACCCGUGCGCGAACGACGACCUUACAUCCGCCGCCCCGUGUGGUGGGUCGGCUUCGCACUCGUUGUGCUCGGUAGCGUCGGUGACUUCGCGGCCUUUGGCUUUGCGACACAAUCGCUUGUGGCGGCAUUGGGCGGCGGCGCAACUCUCGUCGCCAAUGUUGUCACUGCCCAGUGUCUAAACGGGGAGAGACUCUACAAGACGGAUGUGGGUGGCGUAUUAUUCGUGAUUAUGGGCGUGGUGAUGAUUGCAUGCAUUGCCGAGCCGAAUGUCGAGUACCCACUGCCAGAGCUCGAGCUGAGAUUUGUCCGAACGCCCUUCGUGGUGUACAUCACUUGUGUUGGGGUUUGCACCGUUAGCAUGCUAGCCACCAUCAAAGGCUCAGUUGCCAACCGACUGAAAAACCAAGUGUACUGGUCCAACAAGCGACAGAAGAAGCUCAUGAAGGAAUUUGAGCUUCGGGUUGAGAGACUUGAACAAAGACUUCUGGAUAUGGAAGUAAAACUUCUGCAAGUCACCACUUCGCCUGCUCCGUUACCUACGGGGCUCGUGAAUCCUCCUGCAAUGAGCAGAGAACUACGGGAAUUGAUUGAUUCGACAAAUGCUGAAGACGCUGCAGCUGACGACGAGGCUGCGGCUCGGGAGUCUCGUGUGCCAUACUACUACGCUAUCUGCUCCGGCAUUGUGGGAGCCAUGACGGUGCUGCUGGCCAAGUGUUCGGCUAUUAUGAUUGCUCUUACACUCAAGGGUGAGAACCAGUUCAAGUACGGUCUUACCUACAUUUUCCUGGGCGGAAUGUUUGUCUGCAUCCUUGUGCAAACUCAUUUCCUCAACAUGGCUACGGCUUUGGGGGAUAUCAUGACUGUGUUCCCCAUUUUUCAAGCCUGUUGGAUCACGUUCAGUGUUGUUGGAGGCGCGAUUUUCUAUCAGAACGACGACGAACCAUUUCCGACAACCGACAAAGUAUUUUACCCAUUGGCGUUGCUUUCGAUCACUGUUGGCGUUGGGCUGCUGGUGCAACAUAAUUCCUCGGCGGAAUAUAAAGCAAAUGGAGGCAAACCGGGGGCUAAAACACGAUCAGGAAUGAGUGCUACCAGCGACGAGGAUGACGAGAUUUUGCUGGACGCGGAUGCGUCCAUGAGCUCGCCUCUGCUUCCAGCGGGCUCACGGGAAGAUGAGGGAUACUUGCACCUCAGCCCCUAGGUACAUGACGUUGGUUUAUAAAAGUGAAAGUCAAUCAAAAAGUCUAUUGAAGUGCAGCCAAUACAUCUCGACAUUGCAUGCUUGGUAUAGCCUUUGUGUGCUCCACUCAAUACACGACAAGUGCAGGCCA